AUGAAGCAAUCUUUGGGCGUCGCCGUGGCUUUGCUGUUCCUAUGGUUUUUGGGUGCGCCGGGAGCCAAGGUGCGAUCCUUGGAAGGCCUCGUCGGAGAGUCUCUGCAGCAGUCCUUUCGCAUGAAUGCUGCCGACCAGAAGAGCUUCCGCUUGUCGGAGCAGCAGAUCGAAUACAUGCUCGGCCAAUCCCGCGAGGGCGGCAAUGGGCAGAGCCGCCUCGAAGUCCGGCGGGUGCGCCGCAAGGACCCCUUCACCGGCGAAGAGUUUGAUGACGUUUUCGUCAACGAGACAUGGACUGAUCCAGACGAGGAAGGCAGGAGCAUUUGCCAGGAAAAAGGAGACGGAAACUUCACCCCUUCCACUCAGCUGGUCCAGACUGCUCAGAAGCUGCUGGAUUCGGAGUAUGGGGCAUUGGUGUCCACCGCCAUCGCUGCUUAUGUCAGUUUGGCGGAAUACUUCGGCCAGGAGCUUUACCACAUGGAGGCCAAAGUUGGCUCGCCGGAACCGAUCGAAGAUCCGCAUGGACAGGUGCUCGUCGAGAUUUCGGAGGAGUGGAAUGUGGAACUGAACAAGUUGCUGACGGCUCGUGGUGGCGCUGCUUGCCAGAACAGCCCGGAGUGGCUGCUGUUUUGCAUGAAGCAGACGACGUGCCUCCUCGAGGAUGCGGUGACUUCCGACCCCACAGUGUUCACGGCCGGUCGUAUGGCUACCUACCUGGAAGUGGAGAAGGAAGUCCAUGACCACUACGAGGAGUUUGCUAUCCUGGCAAAGCUGGGCCUUCCCCACAUGCCGCCGCUUUGCAGCGGCGAGCAGGAGGUUGUCCAGGAGGGGGCUCCAACCCCAGGCGCGCUGCUGCAGCUCAAGGCCGAAGUCGAGGAGACCUCGGGGACUUCGGCACGCCGGAGCGAGGCCGUGGCCGCUGUGGUGCAGUUGCACCGAGCAGCGCAGCGCACCGAGUUGGCCUUGAAGGACCACGCCAACCUCGCAGAUUUGGAGCUGUCCUUUUUCACCCACACGUGGAAGAAGACGUGCGAGAUGAUCGGCUGCAAUGUGGAGUCUUUUACUGACAUCCUGGAUGCCUCCAUCGGUCAUACUGCCGAGUUGGUGGAUGUGCAGGCUUCUUGGCAUGCUGUGAAGACGCAUCACCGCUCGUUCGUGCAGCUGAAGGCUUCUGUUUUUGGCGCCAUGAACGGCAGCACCGCAUUCCACGAGAACUUUGCCAGCUUUAUCUACCGACCGGGCAAGUCCAAGGGCCAGCGGCGGACAGACCCCAUGUUCAAGGAGGCCAGCGACGUGCUCUCCACGGCUCUUGCCCUCAAGCAAAGCAACAACGAGGAUGGCAAACCUAUCGCCAAAAGCGGCUGGUGGUGCUGGAGCUGGCGAGUCACCGCCACCGGGGGUUAUGCUAAGAAGUUUCCGGAUAAGACAUCUACAUGGGGUGUCGCUACUGGCUUCAAGCUGCUCUCGGGCUCGACCUUGGACUUGGCAACGCUCAUGAGCCAGAAUGAGCCGGACUUCAGCUUCAAGACUUCUGUUGCCCUUACCAUUGGCUAUGUGCCAGACAUGCCAGGGGUUGCAGGAGUCCGCGCCGGUGUUUCCGUCGGGGGAACGCUUACGCUGGGACGUGGUAAAAUCGAGAUCAAGAUCACCCUCGGCUUGGGCAUGUCUGCAGCCGUGGAUGCUUCGUUGUCCAACAACAUGCUCUGCGGUGGGCCCGCUGUCAUUGGCGCCCCUCCCUGGGACUUCAAAUGCCGCGGUAGUGUAGCGGCUGCUUUUACUCUGUUCUGCAAGAAGCUGAACUUCUUGGAUGGCAGCAACGGUGCUACAAUGGAUGAUCCCUGCUCUACUUGGAACAAGUUUUACAAGCAGAACAACGGACAUUCGGACAUGCCCGGCCAAGGCAAGUCGUGGGAGAAGAACGCAGCCGCUUGCAGAGAGCGCUGCAAGACCGUACGUGGCUGCCGGCACUACUCCUUCUGGAAGGACGGGGGUUGCCACCUCCAGGACUGGGACUCGCACAGGAAAUGGAAGAGGAAUUCCGGCAUCAUGACAGGACCUCCUGUUUGUUGCGCCAGGCCUUCCAGCUCAAUCUCCAGGGACAUGUCGGGGCAGGGGAGGAGUGGCGAAGCCGAGUACAUGGGCUGCUGGAAUCGUUGCAAACGCGUGAAAGGCUGCCGAUAUUUCACCUACUACGGCAAGGACGGCGGCUGUCAUCUCGGAGACCGAAACGUCGGCAUCGACCACAACAGCGGCCAGGGCGGCCGAAUCGUCACCGCCGAUGCAUAUUGCAUGGACGACACCUUGAAGCAACACAACGUGAUCGCUUUGUUCAACAAGGAGCACAAACGCUUCAUCCGCGUGACUGGUGACCACCACGUUGAUGCCAGCGGUCGCCGUGACGAUGGCAAGCUUCCCGAGAAGUGGGAUUGGGAGAAGUUCACAGUGGUGGAGGCCAAUUGGGGCCAAGUAGGCUUCUACAGCACCCAUUUGAGCAGAUUCUUGAUGAUGAAGGACGACGGGUCCAUGGGAGUCAGCGAAGAGAGGAAAGUUGACCAGCUCUGGGAGGGAGAUUCUUGGAUGAUGUUCCGGCCAGUGGAGGCUGGCGACGGUUACUUCGCUUUCCACAACGAAGCGCACAACCGCUACAUUCGGAUGAACCCCGACAGGGUGGUUGAUGCUAGUAACACGAAGGGUCGUGACGACCUUCCCGACUGGUGGGGUCAGGAGCGCUACAAAAUUGUAGACGUCUGA